AAGUACUCGAUUCUUUUUCCUCACUUUUACGUCUCUGUCAAAUCAAGUGUGACCUCUGGGAUUGUUAAAUUGGUACCGAUUUUUAAAUAUUUCGGACCCACAUUUUCUUACAACGCUUUCGAAUCUAAAAACAGUAGAAACAUUCAAAGAUGACCGAUAAAAUCGCAAGCAAGUUGAACCUGGAGCCAUGCGAUGGGAUCCUCUUCGAGGGACCCUUCAAUCGUACAGUGUGCAAGAAGCUGGUCAUCGCGAAUCCCAGUGAGUCGCAGCGCGUUGCCUUCAAGAUGAAGACCACUUCUCCAAAGCUUUUCUUCGUGCGUCCCAACAUCGGAGUCUUGGGGCCUGGAGAAAAGGUUAUCGUGGACAUCUUCAUGCAGCCGACAGCCCAGGAGCCGUUGCAAAACCGCCACAAGUUCCUGCUGCUGGCGGCUAAUGCAACUGACGACAUGGGCGAAAUGCAAGAGUUUUGGAAGCAGCAGAAACCGGAGGACCUUUGGGACACCAAGAUCAAAUGUGAGCUGGUCGAUUUGAAGGGUGAACAUGGGGAGAUCCGCGUUGCGGGAGGUGGUGGCUCAACCGCCAGGGACAAAAAACAGUGCGAGGACCACCAGUUCGAUGCCCAGGAGGUCACCGAGCCGGUGGCCAAGUUGCUCAAGCAGGUCAGCAUGCUGGAGGACGAGCGUCUGGCCCUUAAGGAGGAGAUCGACACCAUGCGUGACCAGACGAUUGGAUCUGAAUCUGGCCAGGGGAUGAUGGUUCGUCGGCGCCAAGGAAGCACAACUUUAUUCAACUUUGUUACCUUCAUUCUCAUCAUCUUGGCCGCCGUCGUAGGCGCUUUCUACGGCAAGAACUAUUUGUAAACUAUUCAUCCUGGCAUUUUCGGUACUAAGCCUACUAGGCACAAAUUGUAAGAAAAUUUGUUGUCAAUUAAAACAAUUUCAAUUUAA